CACCAGCAAAGCCACAGAAAGAUGAGAAGUGGUUUGCUCGUCUCUCUUGCCUUAAAGACGUGCAGCUAACUUUUUAUAUAAAGUAACAGCUCCUUAGCUUAUUGUGUGCUAAGAAAACCUAUGCUGUUUUAUUGAAAUCUUAAUUCUUUAAAUUUCAAACUGAAGAAUGAUGAAGAAUUACUCAAAAAGCAUAUUUUUACUGCAGUUUGCUGUGUACUUACACUGCAUUUUGCAAGUCACCUGCCAGCAUCAGCGAAUAGCCAGUGGCCCAAAUCCUCUAUGGAGGCAGAGGGUGCAGUGGCAGAACAAUGGAAGAGUGUACAGCCUACUAAGCCAAGGAGCUGAGUACCAGCCUUCAAGAAGAUCCUCUGUCUCCAGUGCAUCUCAUAAUCCUUUACUACUACUGAGCAGCAGAAACAACACCUCUCCAGGAUCUUCUGGGAGACCACAUGCCCCCAGAUCAGAAAACGUACAGGGUGCAGUCCGACAAACUACAGCCUCAAGCCAGGCAAGCGAUUCAGCCAGUCGUCUCUGGUUCCAAGCUAACAGAAGAAGCCAAGUAGAGGAUACUGCUGGAAGACAGAGAAACAGAACAGAAAGUACCACAGAAAGAAGACAAGGUACAGCUCAGUUACCAAGUGCUCAGCAGACCCAAAGAAUAAAUGCCACCACAAGCAACAGAGCCACGCUGGACAUGAUGCAAGGAGAUGAUCCCUAUAACCCAUAUAAAUACAAUGAAGACAAUCCCUACUACAACUACCACGACACCUAUGAGAGGCCAAGACAUUCCGACAGGCAGAGAAAUGGCUAUGGUACCCGCAAUCAUCAGUAUGGCCUCCCAGACUUGGUACCAGAUCCGUAUUACAUCCAGUCCUCCAUUUACGUGCAGAAAGUGUCCAUGUACAGCCUAAGAUGUGCUGCUGAGGAAAACUGCUUGGCAAGUUCAGCCUAUCGAUCUGAUGUCAAAGAUUAUGACCAGAGAGUGCUUCUGCGCUUUCCCCAAAGAGUGAAGAAUCAAGGUACAGCCGACUUCCUUCCCAGUCGACCCCGCUAUUCAUGGGAGUGGCACAGCUGCCAUCAGCAUUAUCACAGUAUGGAUGAGUUCAGUCAUUAUGACCUGCUUGAUGCAAGCUCACAAAGAAGAGUGGCUGAAGGCCACAAAGCAAGCUUCUGUCUAGAGGACACUUCGUGUGACUAUGGAUACUAUAGACGAUUUGCAUGUACAGCACAUACACAGGGACUCAGUCCUGGUUGUUAUGACACCUAUAAUGCAGAUAUUGAUUGCCAGUGGAUUGACAUCACAGAUGUAAAGCCUGGAAACUAUAUUUUAAAGGUCAGUGUGAAUCCAAGCUACUUGGUGCCAGAAUCUGAUUAUUCCAAUAAUAUUGCUCGUUGUGAUCUACGGUAUACUGGGAAUCAUGUGUACACUUCCAGCUGUACAAUUUCUCCUUAUUAAACUGCAGUGAAGAGACCAUUUAAAGAUGCAAUUUGUUUUGGAGUUCAGAAGUUGUUAAAUUCGAUUAGAUGUAAACACUUUUCAAUGGAAGCAUAUGGACUUUGACAAGACCAUAACUGGAUUUUAACUAUGUGUAACAAAGUUGGCACUAUUAUUUGUAUUCCAUCUAGAUUAUUUGGUUGUUCUGUGUAUGAAUAAUGCUAUGUUCUCCUGGUCAAGACACUUGGCAUGCAAAAGGACAAAGCAUG